AUGCCGAACGUCCUAGUCGUGGGCGCCACCCGAGGCCUAGGCUACGAACUGGUCAAGCAAUACGCUGAGAAAGGCGACACCGUCACCGGCACAGCUCGCUCGAGCACACCAAAAGACGCCCCCAGCAGCAUCAAAUGGAUCAGCCGCAUCGACGUAGCCGAGGAGGAUGCAGGCUCCAAAAUCGCUGAAGGCCUCAAAGGACAGGCCCAAGACAUCGUGAUCAUUUCAGCCGGCUACUUCGGAAAGGAGUCCUUCGACGAGCCGAGAUUCGAUGCCGAAGUUACGAUGUACAAGACUUCGGCCAUUGGACCUGUCUUCAUCACUCAUGCCUUGCACAAAGCUGGCUUGCUGAAGGAAGGCACGAAACUUAUCCUCGUCUCCUCCGAAGCAGGCAGUAUCACUCUCCGCCACGAGAGCGAGGGUGGCGGCAUGUACGGCCAUCACGCCUCGAAAGCGGCCUUGAACAUGGUUGGCAAGUUACUCAGUUUCGAUCUCAAGGACGCCGGUGUGGCUGUCGGUCUGGUGCAUCCUGCUUUCAUGCGGACGGAGAUGACGAAGGGCGUGGGCUUCGAUAAGUUUUGGGAUGUGGGUGGUGCUGUUACUCCUGAUGUUAGUGCGGGCAGUUUGGUUGAGUGGAUUGAGACGUUUGAUAUUAGCAAGACUGGGCAGUACUGGGCACCGAGGGGACCUGGUGAUAUUGGUACUGCAGAGCCAACUUUAGGACCGAAGGACAAGCUGCCGACGCCGUUGCAGCUCCCAUGGUAG